AUGAGCACUCCUCCAGCUUCCCCUUACGGCUCAAAGCCUUGGCGUCCAAAUGAGACAGCCCCAUCAUUCCCGUUCCCGCUCUCACAGCCUCUUCCUCCUACAACUCGUCCUGCACCUCGCCCUCGUUCCCACUCUGUGGGAGAGGUGAUUUCGAAGUACGAGGUCACGACGUACGGCAAUGGCGUUCAAGAGUUGGUGAAGAAGACCGAGGCUGCGACCCUCUCGAUCAAGGCCCAAGCGUGUCACACACAAGUGUACCAGGCGGACGUCGCCGAAAUGGACGCCAGAGCAUUCAUCUGGCCCAUAUACGACGCGUUCGAGCAGGUCACCUUUGACACUGCUUUCAGCAACGUCUUCGGCCUGCCCAAGAACCUCGAUGUCGCCGUCAAAAUUUGGCGCGACAUCGUCUAUCCCAAGGCUCGACAGUCUCCCGACAUGUUCUUCAAGUAUGGCAAAGUGUCCGACACGACCCUUGCCACCUACACAAAGUGUCGGAAGACUCAGUCACUCGAAAGGACCCUCCAGCACCGCCAGAAGCUCAAGCGCACAAUGCACCUUCUUGCCCAGCUUCUGCUUUGCCGGAAGGGUCCUGGCUCGACCGCGUUUCUGGAACCUGGCGACAUCGCCUGGAACUGGGGGCUGUGCAGGGAGGUCUUUGGCCAAGACCUCUUCAAGCACAUCAGCGCGCUGGUUGAGACUGUGACCGAGGCCAAGAUCAACGACAAGUGGAGCCUCGACAACAUCUCCACCACUGCGUUGAUCCGCCACGUCAACAGCCUGGGCGGUCCUGCUGUCGGCUGCCCGUCCAUUCCUCCUAGCACGUUCCGUGCCAGGUUGAACGACAUGCCUUCGCUUCUCGCCUGCCCCCAUGUCUCCCCAGCCGUCAACGAGGUCGUCGACAACAUCGCCUCGGCGAUCAAGACGAUGUCCGUCGCGGCCACGCAUCCCGUCCUGCGCAACUCGGUCUCGCCGUCGACUUGGGACAUCUACCGGCGCCUUGCCCCUUCCAUGCAGGCUGCCAACCGAUGGACCGAGCGCCAGGCCACCUAUGAGGUGCGGGACAAUGCCUACAAGCUCAUGAACGAGCGCCCGGAGGGUUUCCCCAGCCUCCUCGAAUCGCUCAUCAAGGCGGGCGAGGAGAGGUCCAAGCUGGAGGAGACCCCCAUCAUUGACAUGCGGCCUCACUACAACUACGAGGCCCAUGUCCUAUCCGUCGCCGACGGCAAGUUCGACCGUGGCGGUGUUCACGAGGAGACGCUGGAGCUCAUCGAGUACCUGCGUUUCCUCAAGAUCGAAGAGCACAACUCGGCGCUAUCGCGAGCACGCAGCAUGGUGCAGUCGCUCGACAGCGAGUCCGAGGACCAGCUCGACCUUGACUCGACUGUUCUUGACAAGGUCAAGGUGACUACUGCGUGGACAGCAGACAGUGUCAGCCCUGAUUCCCAGGACCACAAGGAGGAGCUCAAGUCCUUCCUCGACCGACCUCGAGCCUACGUCGAGAGCGAGCUGGAGAAGAUCCGGCCUGUGGUUGAGCACGUUCGCUCCCACAUCCCCGGUCUCCUCGACAGGCUGCGCGCGUGCCCAAGCCACGCGGACGAGGACGACGAGCGCGACGACGAGCUCGACCACCACUUUGGAGACGACGAGGACAAAGACAACGACGGAGAAGAGGAGGGCGGCGAGGCCUCAGGUGACGGUGUUCGCAGGGCAGUGCCACGUGGCUCUUGCUACACCACGUACUGCUACAUCGUACCACCGUCAUCGAGGGACCAAAUCGUCGCCGAGCUCAAGGCGGAGAUGGCCGAGGUGGCAGCAGUGCAGGGUUCACGCACGGGAACCGGCCCGAAGGAGUACAACGCCGCGCUCGACGACAUCACCUCCAAGAAGGUCAAGCUCACCACCAUCGUUCCGGUGGUCGUGAGCGCCAUUGACAAAGACCUUCAAGGAGCGGUCGGCGUGGCCGAGUGCGCCAAGGCGGCCGUCGAGGCCAUCGAGACGUCCUACUACCCGGAGUCCGUUCAAGAACAAAUGAACGGCUUCAACUUUGGUAACGUCUCGGCCUUGCAACGCACCCGCCACCACCUUGCUGGCCACCCCGCCGUCGACGAGCUUCUCCUGCUCCUCUUCGACGCGGUCGUCCUCGCCAUGCUGCUGCCAACGCCUGGCCAUGCCCACCUGUGGGUCGAGAAGGAACUCAAGCGCAUCUUUGAGACCUUCCGAACCCACGGUGCCAACAUGGGCACCCUGGCCUGCCGUCUCCUGGUCGAUUUCAUCGGCCUGGACCUCAACAUGGUGGUCAUGACGACCAAGGGCGCGUACACCUGGUCCGCCGUCGAGAGCGCCUGGAGGCAGAUUGAGCCCAGCAAGCGGCUCUACAUGCACAUCGGCCUCAUCCGGUGCCUCCUCGACCUCCAGAGGUACGCGUGUGGCUCGCCCUGGUGCCGCCACCUCCUGGUCUUUGACCCUCACCAGAAGUUCAACGAGGGCCUCGCUCGUGCUCUUCUGGCGUCGAUCCAGCCACUGCAUGUCCAUGGCAACAUUGACAUGCAGGACGGAUGCCCCGUGUUCGACGCCUUUGUUUGCCUCGUCCGCCUCGGCCAAUACCCGUACCUCCGCUCCAUUGCCUGCUACGCCUCCUACUUCAUCCGCCUCAUCUGUGCCACCAGCCGCAAGGGCCACGGCAAGGGCGACGCCGCCCACUGGUGCUCGAUGGAGGAACAGGCGGCACAGGAGCAGGGUGUUACGGGCGAGCUGAUGGGCGAGCUGGUGGACGAGGUCGAGGAGUCGAACGAGGUGGUCGGCAAGACCUCAUGGGUCGAGUCGACCGCACGCAAGCCGAGGGCACUGGCCGACAUCCUCGACGACCCGAUGGACGGCACAUCGUGA